AUCACAUGUCCAGAUGCAGGGAUGAAGGCUCUCUUGCCCCGGCCUCUCUUCCUCCUCGCCUCCUUUGUCGUUGCCGUCCAAGCCAAGGUCUAUGAGCGCUGUGAAUUGGCCAAGAGACUGAAGGACCACGGAAUGGACAGCUACCAGGGUUACAGCUUGGCCAACUGGGUCUGCCUGGCCUUUUUUGAGAGUAGCUUUGACACGGAAGCCGUGGCUAGGAACAAAGACGGCACCCACAACUUUGGCAUCUUUCAGAUCAACAGCGGCUGGUGGUGCACCUACAGCGAUACCGCCUCUGAUAACCUGUGUGAAAUAGAUUGCCAAGAGCUGCUGCACCCUGGCAUUGAACACGACAUACUCUGCGCCAAGAGGAUUGUGGAAGAUCCCCAAGGCAUGGCGGUCUGGGAUGAGUGGAAAACCCACUGUGAGAACCAAAACCUGACAGAAUGGGUGAAGGGAUGCCAUCUCUGA